CGGUGACGUCAGACGCAGAGGCAAGAUGGCGCCGCCCGUGUCGGCGCUGAGCCCCGAGCAGAAGAAGGAGCUGUCGGGGAUCGCGCAGCGCAUCGUGGCCCCCGGUAAAGGGAUCCUGGCGGCCGAUGAGUCCACAGGCAGCAUCGCCAAGCGCCUGAGCUCGGUGGGCGCGGAGAACACGGAGGAGAACCGGCGCUGGUACCGGCAGCUGCUGUUCACUGCCGACAGCCGCGUGGACGCCUGCAUCGGCGGCGUCAUCCUCUUCCACGAGACCCUCUACCAAAAGGCAGACGACGGUCGUCCCUUCCCAGAGGUCAUCCGGGCCAAGGGGGCCCUCGUGGGCAUCAAGGUGGACAAGGGCGUCGUGCCCCUG